UUUUGUUUUUUCCCUCCUUUUUUCCCCAUCCUCUGCGUCACUGUUGCUGCCGUUCGCACGUGUGUUUAUUGAUCGGUCGGCCCCUGCGGUUCACAUUUCGGUGCUUGCGUCAGCCUCAUUUUUCGCGUCAAUUUCUAUUUUUUUCUUUUUCUUUUUCAGAUCGUUGCUUGUUCGUUGAUCCUGAACCGUGCCGAGUAUCAUCAGCGACCAGCCGCCACUUGGCUCUUGCUGUGGGUGGUUCCCUUCCCCUCCCUCGCCCACCCCACGCCUGGCUCAGCCAAGUGUCCCACUUGGCCGCCGCAACCACCUCGCUGCUCCCCCUCGCGCAUUUUUCCUGCCCGCUCCGGGGUUUUAUCGUGAUGCGCUCUCGCCCGUCCGAUAAGGCACGGGAUAGAUUGCAACGCCCAAAACCACCCCAUUAGGCGUUCUGGACUGUCACCCUGAGCCAGUGCCGGCCCGUUAUCAUUUGAUUUUUGCCGUGGCCUGCACCGCUGACCCAUCCUCUCACCCGUCUCAGCUCCUUCGGCCCAUUCUCGCCAUCCCCGCCGUCUCGAUAGAAUCCUCUCCGCGUCGUGCCCAGCCUGCCCAGCGCCCGCGACCGCAACCGCAACCGCAACCGCAACCACAACCGCAUCACCCACUCAUCCAUCCCGCCUGACCGCUCCCUCACCCAAACUCGUGGAUCAUGGCCACUGUAAUCGGGGAUUUUGCGUCGGACCCCUCGCGGUUCCGCCAUAACAUGGUGUUCCAGCCCCAACACCCGCAACAGCAAUCGCACCACCCACAAUCGAUGCGCUCCUCCAGCCGCCCCCGCGACGCACCUUCCUCGUCAUACCGCCACCACCAGUCCCCGUCAUCCUCCGACCCACCCGCACCAACGUCAUCGCGCCAUCACGGCCCCUCACACCUCCAACGCGCUACCCCGACCACGGACCAGCCCAGGCCUGCCGCUGCCUGGGCAGACACAAAGCACGCACACGAUCAGCACGGCGCCUCGCGCUUCCCCACCCCGCCAGACUCGUCGUCGCCGAGCGUUUCCAACUCGGCCGCCGCGGGACCCCAGGAUGCUGUUGCUGUCGCUUCAUCGAUGCACAUGGACACCUCGCACCAUCACACCGGUGUCGCCACGCCCUCUUCAUCCGCCUCCACCGCUGUAGCAUCAUCGGCGUCAACCGUCGUGCACGGCAAAUCGCCCACCUCAGCCCCCGAACACUCCUCGGCCGCCAACUCGAUCCCCUCCCCCGCGAGCGACAGCUUCCCACAAUGGGCCGCGCCGGACUCGCCCGUGUCGAGGCUCGACCACGCCGACGCGCCGACUCAGCAGACGACGAUCCGCGUCCACGACCUGGCCCACAUCCAGUCGCUCGCCCGCGCCGACCUGGUGACGGGCAACGGGCCGGGUCUCCUAAACGACCCGCCACUAUCCCAGAUGAAGUACGACAUUAGCGAGAUGCCCAUUGGCGACAUAAUCGAGAUGGUGGCCGCGCUGCUCACCAAGAUCACCACCACCAACGACCUGCAGCACGACGCGUUGAACCGCAACGCAGCACACCAGCGCCAGGCCCAGCAGGCCCAGCAGGCCCAGCAGCAGAGCGAGUCCGGCAGCGGGGAGGGGAGCAGCAGUAGUGGCAGCUGUGGUGUGGGCGGGGCCGCUGGUGGCGGCGCGGGGAGCCCAUACGCCAACAGCGUCUUGGCUUUCCAUGGAAAGAACGUGCCGGCCAUCACCAUCCUGAGCUACCUGAGCCGCAUCCACAAGUACUGCCCCACUACGUUUGAGGUCUUCCUCAGUCUUUUGGCCUAUUUUGAUCGCAUGACGGAGCGGGUGAACGAGCUGGUGGCCAAGAGCGAGGAGGAGAAGCAGGGUCGAUCCCAGCGUGACCAACAAAGCAAAAGGCAGCAGCACGACGGCGAGGACGUGUUGAUGGGCAGCGACGACGACGAAGCAGACGGCGGCGGCGGCGGCGGCGCAGGAGGGAACGACGACGACGAGACGGACGAGGAUCUGGCGGACAGCAGCGACGAUGGGAACGGCGGCAACGACAGUGCGCAAGGGGAGAGGAAGCGGGCUCGAGGGAGCGAGAAAUCAGCUGCCUCGAAGGAGGAUCACGCGACCGCAGCGAUGGGGUCGUUGGCUAGCAGCACGGCCACCUACUUUGUGGUGGACAGCUACAACAUUCACCGGCUCAUCAUUGCCGGCGUCACUUGCUCGAGCAAGUUCUUCUCGGAUGUCUUCUACACCAAUUCGAGAUAUGCCAAGGUCGGCGGUCUUCCUCUUGCCGAGUUGAACCACCUUGAGCUUCAGUUCCUUCUGCUCAACGAUUUCCGCCUGGCCAUCCCCGUCGAGGACCUCGAAGCCUAUGCCACCAUGCUGGUCGAGUUCUACGCUCGGGAGGUUGUCGGUCAGCGGUCUCGCCCCACCGGGCCCACAGAAUAAGGCGAUUGCCUCUCUUCUCGGGACUGAAUGGUUUGCUCUUUCGGCUUGGAUAUAGAACCCCUGGGUAGCAGCUGGCUCUUGCAAGCAGCCAUCGGGGCUUCUUUCUCCGGCCGUCCCCCGGGUCUGGAAUGGCCCUGGGGAGAGCGUCUGGGGUUGGGACGCUAGUGAGCUAGUAGUGGAGAGAGAGCUAGGGUGUGGGGUGCCAUCUAUCUACGUUAGAGACGCGGGCGCGGGCACACGUACACGUACAUGCUGGUCUGCUGUUAUUGUCCUUUUUUUUAUAUUUUUAUUUUAUUUUUUUACUUUCCGCCUCGCUCUCUCAUGAAGCAGAUUGCCGGGCAUACCUAAUGAUGGAUACCAUCUCGUUGUUGAGUUUUUUUCUAUCUUACUUUUCUUAUGCCUAUGGUGAUGAGGGGAUCUGUGUAUGGACUGUUGGAUUAUAGGGGCAUGCGUGGGACGGCUCCCCGGGGGUUAGACGGCUUGUUUAGACUAAGGGAUGUGGGUAUUGCUAGGCUUUCUCCUUCCUCCUAUUCUCAGCUGUAUGGUGUCAUCCUGGGAGGGCUUUACGGAGAGGAAGGCUGCCUGGAAUGGUUUAUACAUAAAGUCUUGUCUGAUACAGCC